AUGAAGUAUACCGUCAAAGCCGACUUUCCCUACGAGUGGUACUGGGCCGGCAAGCCUCUUCGCAAAGGCUACAUCCGUGGCGAGCAUAUCAUGCCUCAACCUGUCGGGACCACCACCCGACGUGCAUCACCAGAUCUCUCCCCUGCUAGACAUAGCUGUCCCCGAUGUGGACGCGAGUACGAGCCCCUCAGAACUUCACCACCCAGCAACAAUGGAGACACUGAGCGCAACUCGGUCCGACUUACUCGUUUCUGUGGCUGCAUCGGCUUGAUCGAGGAUCCAGAACCUCAGCCAGUGAGAAGGUGUACCUGCAAUUUAUGCAAGCCUCCCGCUACUGCCCCGGCCACUGUUCAGCAUGCUGCGUUUGUGCCUCCCACGCCCACGACUAGGACGGUGACUCCAGGACCUGGUCAGACUCAGCGGGAUCCUCCUGCCAAUCCACGGAUGGUAUACUGUUUAUACUGCCAGGAGUACCACCAGGUGUGCGAACACACUGCUGUUCCUAUUCCUGGUGCCCAGCAGCCGGUUGAGGCCCCAACUGCCCGUGUGAGACCUGUCCAAACGAGAUGUAACUGCACACAAUGUGUGGCUGCAGCUGCAGCCGCAGCAGAGGCUGAGGCUGAGACCCAGACUCGCCGUCAUGCUCAUUGUCAUCUAGAUGAUUGUCGCUUUGAGAACUAUGUUUCUCCCAACGUGACUGAUGAUAUUGCUUCGGAGUCUUCGGUGGACAUUGGGGCUAGGAGUGACAGGGGUGAGGAAGCUAGGUGCGGGCACCUUAUUAUUGCGAUUCCUAUGGAAUAUACACACGGCGAGUAG